UGUAUCUCGGCUGCGGCCAAUGAUGUGCGAGAGGCGGGGGGUGCCAAAGUAGGCAGGGCAAGGUGAGAAAGGCAGACAGGGUUGUCAGCUAUCAGAACAGACAGUGACUCUCCGUGUGACAAUGUCUUCUCCCGAAAUUGCUUCCCUCUCGUGGGGCCGGAUGACGGUGAAAGGUUGUUCCGCAACGUAUAAGGACUGCAAAGUGUGGCCGGGAGGCAGCCGAACGUGGGACUGGAGGGAGACAGGAACAGAGCAUGUUCCUGGCGUUCAGCCCGCAGAUGUGGAAGAAGUGGUGCAGAAGGGUGCCAAGACGUUAGUAAUUGGUCGUGGCAUGAGUGAGGCCUUGCAGGUGCCCUCGUCCACGGUGGAUUACCUUAAGAAACACGGAAUCGACGUGCUGGUCCUGCAGACGGAGAAGGCCGUGAAAGAAUACAACGCUCUGGCCACCCAGGGGGCCAAAGUGGGCGGCGUCUUCCACUCCACCUGCUAGCCCCCCCCCCCGCCUUUUGCCAUCUUGUGCCUUUGGGUAAAUAAAAGAGAGCUGUUUCGGGGUCAGC